AGUAGCAGCCAGCUGUGACCUUAUUUACUUCUCUCUUCUGUCUUUUAAGGCUGAUAUUGUCUAGCAAUGAGUCAGUUCAACAACAACAUUGAGCCAAACAUUAUUGAUGAUAAAAUGGUUCAGAAAGCCAUUGAAGAACAAUGUCCAGAGGACUUAAAUCUUGCCGAAAGGGAAGCUAUUAACUUUAAGGAUGUCACAGAGCUACAGCUCAGUUUUAGAAAUAUCCUGCAGAUUGAUAGCCUAUGGCAUUUUGAGAAUCUGACUAAGCUGCAGCUGGACAACAACAUCAUUGAGAAGAUAGAAGGUCUGGAGAGUCUGGUUCAUCUUGCAUGGCUUGACUUAUCCUUCAACAACAUUGAGGUGAUCGAGGGCCUGGAUGCCCUUGUCAAACUGCAGGACCUCAGCCUCUCCAACAACAGAAUAUCUAAAAUAGAGCACAUGGACACCUUGCAAGAGCUGCAGAUUUUCUCCAUUGGAAAGAAUAACCUGACCACUCUGGAAGAUGUGAUCUAUCUCAGGAGGUUUAAAAACUUACGCACGCUGAAUCUGGCAGGGAACCCUCUCUGUGAGGACCAGAGGUACACACUCUUUGUUGUUGCUCAUCUUCCACAUCUGGUGUACUUGGACUUCAGGCUCGUGAACGACACCACACGAGAAGCUGCAGUUUUAAAGUAUCAAGAUCUUACUGAGCUACUGGAACUUGAGGAAGCUGAGGCCCUGGCUCAGCUGAAGGAAAAGCAGGCAAAGCAGAAGGAGCUGGAGUACCACACAGCAGCCUUUGUCGAGUACCUGAAUGGAUCAUUCCUGUUUGACAGUCUCUAUGCAGAGGAUCCAGAAGCUGCCAAACUGGCAUACCUCCCUGGCGUGGCUGACCUGCUGCAGACGUACAGGAAGGAGUUUGUCUUGGUUUGUGAGAAUCUGUUUAACUAUGGUCUGGAAGAGCAUGAAAAACGAGAAGCUGAAGUCUCCAGUUUCUGUGAAAGCCUUCGUGCAGCGUUAAUGGCCAACCAGCAAGAGAACAGGAAAAUCAUCCUUGACUUCGAAUGCCGGCACAAAAGGAGGCUGGAUGAGAUUCAUAAUGCCAGAAGCUACGAUAUUGCUGAGUCCAAACGAGCCGAGUCCAAGGAGGACAUACUUCAGCUGUCAGAAGCACUCAUGACCUUGGAAAUGCUGAUAGCUGACCAGCUGGAGGAACUCAUAAAGGAUUUUAAAAGAAACAUUGCUGAUAUAGCAUCGACAUUCAUUGAAAAUGUUAAAGGGAGAAUGACCCAGUGCCGGGACCUGGAGGACCGUCACCAUGAAAGGCUGCUAGAGAUCUGCAUCAGCACACUGGAGAAAUCGGUCAAGAAUGAGCUUGAAGAGGAUUUGCCAGAUGAUGUUCGAACGCUCCUCGUGGACAAAACCACCAUUGUCAAGGCACUCGACACGUCCCAUGGCAUCCGCCUGCUGAAGAUUAAUAAGCGCGAGAGCGACAUCCUCUGCAGCACCUACCGCUGGCAGGCCUCUGUGACGGAGAAGGCUUUCCAAAAUGAGAUUGACAGAAACCGUGACUGCAUCAAAAAGAUCCUUCAGUACAUCGACACUCUGCAGGAGGAGCUGGAUAACAUCACGAUCGUGGAGCCCGUGCAGUAGGUCUGCCACAGGCUGGGCAGCUGCCUUAGCUGGGGUCACACAGGACAGCCUCCCAGCAGGGAAGGCUGCCUCUCUGCACCUUCUUGGGUGCAGGGACACCUGGGACAUUCCAGGCCCAGCACAUACUUCUUCCACCCCACCAUAAACUGCAAAUAAAUGAUCCUGUUUG